AGCCUUCUUUCAAUCCAAACCACGUUUUUUUUCUCAUUGUACCCAUUACCUUAUUCACAAAUAAUUUUUCAACUGACACCUGUACGUCCCAAAAAUACAAUCGAACAUCAUAUCACUAAUACCUGAAUGCGGUCGAACAAGACAUUUUCUCCCGGUAACGGUUUCCGUAUUAUUUAAAGCUGUUAUAAAUAUCUUCAUCUGGCCCAUAUAAGUUCAUUCACUAAUUAUAAUGUUGACCAUAAUGUUCCAAUCGAAUUUGUUUAUACUAGUUACUAGUGUCUUUGUUAGUGUACGCAGUGAUGUGAACGAAAUAGACCGUCAGUUUCAAGGUUACGUUUACCCCCAGCCUCCUCCAGCUGUCCAACUUGACGAAGAACCUCCAGUUUUACCUCCAUUAUAUUUACCACCGGUUUUUGAUGAAAUCCCUUUGGUGCCCACCCCUGUACAUCCCCCGCCAUCGAGCUAUUUACCUCCGACACCUCCGUCUGGUUACCUACCACCCUCACCCGAUAUAUUUCCUCCUUUAUACCAAGAUGAUUCAAUUGUUGUUACUGCUCCUCCAAAUUUUCGAUUGGAAAACAUGUCUUGCAUACAAGGGAGUAAUUUUCGCGCCACAUUUAAAAUGGAGGGAAAUACGCCACAGUUUGCUACUGUAGAUGAAGGUGAGGAAUCUUGUGUAACUGCAGCUAGUGACAACAGGUUCAGGAUAGAGCUGGACAGCUUUAAUAGUAUGAUAAAAUGUGGUGUAAGAAAAUGUAGCCAAAAGGGACAAAAUAUGGAAGGUGAUAAUAAUAUGUGUUUGGUGCUAAGGAUACCUGCUGUAAGAGGAGUGAGAUUACCAGAGGAUGGCAUGGUUACUCUUAUGUGUAUCCCGCAGGAGAGGGUGGUUACCCAGACAAGGCAUCUCAAACUAGGCAGAAACAAAAUUCAACAAGUUGCAAAAGGUCGUUCAUCUAAUAGUUUUCUUGCUACUGGCGGCACUAGAAAAGACCUUAGAACCCGAAUUGGUAUAUUUCGAAAACGCCCUGGUACCAACGUUUUUGAUCAAAGCGUUCAGGCUGAUAAUAUCAUACACCUAGGAGAGGAAUUAAUGCUUAGGGCUGUUAUAAGUGAAGGAGAUGGCAAGAUUUACUUUGAUAUGCCUAUAGGAUUUCUUGCUGCAAGUAAGAUAAAAUUUGCUACAAUUUGUAAAAAAAGGGCGACACAACAUUGUACUCAAAAAUACAAAGCCAUUUUUUACAGUGUAGGAGGAUAUUAUAAGAUCCAAUUGUUAACCCUUUUAGGUUGGAAAAGUAGUCAUAUAGGUCCUGUAUUAAUAACGGGUAUAAACUCCAAGAAGUCAGCUCUUCUAUUGACCCAAAACGGUUGUGUUAACCCUUCAAUGAGAACGAUUUGUCCGAAGCAACCACACCGUGCAACUCCUUUAAGCACGGAACUAAUUUUCCGGGCGUUUUUAUUUCAAGAGUCCCCCCAAGGAGACGAAAUGGUCCUCUCUGUUAGGACCCAGGGCUGUUUGCACCCUCAAGACUGUGUCGUCAAGGCAGAGUCCUGUGUGGAAGAUGUUAGCCACCUUUCAAGAUUAAAGCGAGAGUUGAAUGUGAAAAACGAAAGUGAAUAUCCAGUGACAAAUUGGGAGUCACAGUUGACAUUUAAAGUGGAACCGUCAUUGGAGGCCAAAUCUAAUAAACGCAAUAAUAAUAAUAAUAAUAAUACAAAAAAUGAAAAUUUCUUAAGCAUAGUUUGUAUUGCCUUAGUAGUCGUAAUGUUUGGUAUAUUUAUUUUGAUAUUCUUAGUUUGGCACAUCUGUAAGACUCAAAGUCCAAAGAAUUAA